AUGACCUUUAUCCAUUGCGUCGGGAUCGGAAAAGCAACAUCAGCUGCAAUGUCGUCAAUCGAUCAAGCAAAGCAACCACAUGAGGUCGAUGAGGAGGUCCAGGAUGUUCAACCUACGAAGCCCGUGUCGCGAUUUACUCGCUGGUACCGCUCGCCUUUGUUCAACGUCAUCCUUGUAGGCUUGAUCUCCUUCACUCAACCUGGUAUUUGGAAUGCCCUCAACAGUACCGGCGCUGGUGGCCAGCAAGAGCCUUAUCUCGUCAAUGGCUCCAACUCACUCACCUUUGGCAUCAUGGUCUUCGGCUGCAGUUUCUUCGCCAUCAUGGCCAAUAAGAUCGGGUUGAAGACGGUUCUGAUCAUCGGUACCCUUGGAUACGCACCCUACUCGGCAUCCAUGUACGUCAACAACCGUUACGGUGUAGAGUGGUUCGUGCUGUUUGGUGGCGCUACCUGUGGCAUCGCAGCAUCUGCGUUAUGGGCAGCUGAAGGUGCCAUUGCCUUGGGAUACGCCGACAUCAAAGAUAGAGGCAAGUUCACUGGUAUCUGGCUUGGUCUGCGUGAGCUCGGACAGCUUCUCGGCGCUGCCAUCCAGCUCUCGCUGAACGUCAAGGAGAAUCAGCGCGGAAAGGUCGGAUAUUCGACCUACCUGGUCUUGAUCGCCCUUCAAUGCCUCGGUCUUCCCUUGGCGUUGCUCGUGUCUCCCCCUCAGAAAGUCAUUCACAGCGAUGGCAGGAAGGUUGCCGACCCUACUAAGAACAAGGCUGUCCUGGGAGAGUUCCGCAAGUGGCUGAAGCUGCUCAAGAAGAAGCAGUUCUACCUUUUGAUUCCCAUCCUCGUCGGUUUCAACUGGAACAGCACGUACCAGGGCAUCUACUUGACCAAGUACUUCUCGGUCAGAGCGAGAACCCUUGGCGCCUUGACAUCUGGUAUUGCUGCAUCUGCUGCUAACAUCUUCUGGGGCUGGUUCUACGACCUGAAGUGCUUUAGUCGACCCCAGCUCGCCAAGAUUACCUGGUCCUGCUUCUCAGUCAUCAUGCUGGGCUUGUUCGCAUGGCAAGUUGCCAACGAGAAGCUUUAUGAGGACACUGUUCCCAAAGUUACCCUCGAUUGGAGCACCCCUGGAUUCGGACGUGGAUUUGCAGUCAAUGUACUCUUCCGCUUCAUGAACGAGUCGCACUACAUGUUUGUGUACUGGAUCAUGGGUACCUUCUUUGACGAUAUCGAGACUCUAACACUCGGCGUUGGUCUUGUCCGAUCGUUCGAGUCCAUUGGCUCCUGCCUAGCCUUCGGUAUUGGUGCCGUCAAGGUUUCGCCAAUGGUAAAUCUCAUCGUUGCCUUUGUCAUGUUUGUGGUCUGCGUCCCUGCGACAUCGUGGGCCGUUCUGCUUGUGCCAGAGCGACCUGUCGACAACACGAAACUAGAGGCGGAGGACUCUGCUGUCGAAGACAACAAAGUAGCCGCGACCCCGGUGGAUGUGACUACGACAGCGGCCGCUGUCGAUGGUCCUCGGAAUGUUUAA